AUGCCUAGUCUAGUGGUAUCUGGAAUAAUGGAAAGAAAUGGGGGCUUUGGAGAAUUAGGAUGUUUCGGGGGUAGCGCUAAGGACCGAGGGCUGCUGGAAGACGAGCGCGCCCUUCAGCUGGCGCUUGAUCAACUCUGCCUCCUGGGUUUGGGGGAGCCCCCCGCCCCCACGGCGGGCGAGGACGGGGGAGGUGGGGGGGGCGGCGCCCCCGCGCAGCCGGCCGCCCCCCCGCAGCCGGCCCCGCCGCCGCCGCCCGCCGCGGCCCCGACCGCCCCGAGCGCGGCCCCCGCGGCGCAGACGCCCCAGCCCCCCGCCGCCCCCAAAGGGGCAAACGACGCCAAGCUCUGCGCGCUCUACAAAGAGGCCGAGCUGCGCCUGAAGGGCAGCAGCAACACCACGGAGUGCGUUCCCGUGCCCACCUCCGAGCACGUGGCGGAGAUCGUGGGCAGGCAAGGCUGCAAGAUUAAGGCUUUGAGAGCCAAGACCAACACCUACAUCAAGACACCUGUGCGAGGUGAGGAGCCCGUGUUCAUGGUGACUGGGAGGCGGGAAGACGUGGCCACAGCCCGGCGGGAAAUCAUCUCAGCAGCUGAGCACUUCUCCAUGAUAAGAGCCUCACGCAACAAAUCUGGCGCCGCUUUUGGUGUGGCCCCUGCUCUGCCGGGCCAGGUGACCAUUCGUGUUCGAGUGCCCUACCGUGUGGUGGGACUGGUGGUGGGCCCCAAGGGAGCGACCAUCAAACGCAUCCAGCAGCAGACCAACACAUACAUCAUCACCCCCAGCCGGGACCGCGACCCGGUGUUCGAGAUAACCGGCGCCCCAGGCAACGUGGAACGUGCGCGGGAGGAGAUCGAGACGCACAUCGCAGUGCGCACCGGCAAGAUCCUCGAGUACAACAGCGACGGCGACUUCCUGGCUGGCAGCCCCGACACUGCGCUGGACAGCCGCUACUCGGACGCCUGGCGGGUGCAUGCUCCGGGCUGCAAGCCGCUUUCCACCUUCCGGCAGAACAGCCUGGGCUGCAUCGGCGAGUGCAGCGUGGACUCGGCCUUCGAGGCCCCGCGCCUAGGCGAGCAGGGCGGGGACUUCGGCUACGGCGGGUAUUUGUUUCCGGGCUACGGCGUGGGCAAGCAGGACGUGUACUAUGGCGUGGCUGAGACGAGUCCCCCGUUGUGGGCGGGCCAGGAGAACGCCACGCCCACCUCGGUGCUCUUUUCUGCCGCCUCUUCUUCAGCCAAGGCACGCGCAGGCCCACCGGGUGCACACCGCUCUCCAGCCACCUCUGCGGGGCCAGAGCAGCUGGCCGGGCUCCCUCGGCGACCGCCUGGAGAGCCACUGCAGGGCUUCUCUAAACUGGGGGCGGGAGGGCUGCGGAGUCCUGGCGGCGGGCGGGACUGUAUGGUUUGCUUUGAGAGCGAAGUGACAGCAGCCCUGGUGCCCUGUGGACACAACCUUUUCUGCAUGGAGUGUGCAGUACGCAUCUGCGAGAGGACGGACCCAGAGUGUCCUGUCUGCCACAUCACCGCCACGCAAGCCAUCCGAAUAUUUUCCUAA